GUACUCAAUUUCCCGCUUUACAAAAAACAAAUUGGUGAAACAGAAUACGGUUUAGGUUGGUUUCCAUUUGGGGGCUACGUGAAAAUUGCCGGAAUGAUUGACGAAAGCAUGGACGAAGAAGCCAUGAAAUUACCGCCAAAACCUGAUGAAUUCCGUUCGAAACCUGCUUACCAACGUUUGAUUAUUAUGUUGGGAGGUAUUAUCGUGAACGUCCUUUUGGCCUUCUUUAUUUACGCCAUGAUUUUAUGGAAAACCGGAGAAGAAUCUAUUCCAAUGAAAAAUGCACAAUACGGCUUCGUCUGCGAUUCGUUGGCACAAAGCAUUGGUUUAAAAACAGGCGAUAAAUUCUUAGGCUACGACAAUAAAAAAUUCGAAGACGCUACCAUUCCGGUGGUGAAAGAUUUGUUGUUAGAUAACGCCAAAGUGUUACACAUCGAACGUGAAGGCAAAACUAUGGACAUCAAUAUUCCGGAUACAGCCUUUAUUUCGAUUUUAUUGGCCUUUAUGAAUUUAUUGCCAAUUCCUGCAUUAGAUGGAGGUCAUGCGCUUUUCACAGUAGUGGAAAUGGUUACGGGCCGAAAACCAAGUGAUAAAUUUUUGGAGUAUGCCCAAAUGGUAGGCAUGGUACUCCUUUUUGGAUUAAUGAUUUAUGCCAACGGAAACGAUUUGGUAAAAUGGAUUUUCCCGAAA